AUGAAGCCUUUUAAGCAAACACCUACAUUAACUGAGAGCCAAUUGCGUUUCAAUCGUGCCCUCAGCCAAGCCCGAGUAGUUAUAGAACAAGCUUUCGGAAUUUUGAAAGGUCCUUGGAGGUGUCUCUAUAAACCACUGGAGGAAAAAACAAGCAGAGUCCCCACCACUAUCAUGGCUUGUUGUGCCCUUCACAAUAUUUGUAUAGAUGUUGGAGAUCCGAGUGCUAUAGACCCCGUUUAGGAUGACGAUGAAAUGGAUCAAAGUUCUUGCAAUGGCGAUGAGCAGUCUGACGCAAGGGGCAUUAGAGAAGAUAUUAUGAACUAUUUAUCAUAG